AUGCUUCAGCCAACAUUUCAAUGCUUUAAGCGGGCUGCGCUUUCUCCCUGCACAAUCAGAACUAUACAUACGUCUCGUAUGGUCUUGAACAGCAGUCAAAACUCAUCUUUAUUUGGUUCAAUAACUCAAAGUCCGCAAGAAAACGUCGAUGAUCCAAACCAGAUUUCCAAUAGACUGACGGCCGCUUCCGAACGAUCAGGAAUGACCGACAAGGAUGCCAAGGCAACUGUCACAGUUGACAAUGACAAUCUUUUGCAGAAAUACAUUGCCAAAAAACAGUCAGCUCUUCCUGCGUCGAAAUAUCUGUUGUCGCCAUUGAAACGCAGAAUUUACGAGGAAAACUGUAAACUCAAUGGUGGGUUCUAUAAUAGAGACAGCGUCGUGUCUCUGAAAAAUGAGCAUGGGUCCUCUUCGAAGUAUAAGCUCCGAUUAAGUCACGAGGAAAUCGACUUGUUAGAACCAAGCGUCUACGUCAAGUCUUAUCGGAUCAAAUCCUCCAUGAAGAAAGCGACUCAGCUUUUGAGGCUAUUGAAUGGCCUGGAUGCGAAGACGGCGUUGUCUCAAUGCCAUUUUUCUACUAAGAAGAUUUCUCGCGAUGUUGGCGCGCUUCUCACGCGUGGACUUGAAGACGCGGAGAAGUUAGGACUCGACCCCAACGAUCUUUACAUCGGUCAGAUAUGGACAGGAAGUGAUGGUAAUUGGCAAAAACGGGUAGAUAUAAAAGCCAGAGGUAGAAACGGUGUCAUCACACAUCCUUACGUCCAUGUACGGUGCAUUUUGAAGACAAAGAGCAUUACAAAGAGAAGACUUGCUUUUGAGAAGCAAGUCAGACAAGGAAGAAGCAAACCUUGGGUGCCAUUGGCUGAUAAACCCGUAAGGGGCAUUAUGGGUGGUGUGUACAAAUGGUAA